GACGUGUCACAAUGGGGGGGGCUGCUUUUAAGGCAGCCGCAGGCAGCGCUGCUGCAUUUUGGCCUGAGCCAUCGGUGAGUGCAGUACCAGGGGGAAGACGGGGCUAGGCCAGGGCUGGGGCACAAAUGCUGGCCUCCCAAGGGCUUGCUAAGCCUGCGGCCAGGGCUCAGCCGCUCAGGGCAGGGCUCGCGGCUGUCGCCGCCAACACUGCCCACAGUCCCUGCUGCCUCCCAGCCCCUUCGCCCCCUCUCCUACCUGACCCUAGGGGUCUGCGGCUCCUGCCGUAGCUCCCACCCAGCCCCACUGACCCGCUUCUCUCUCACCUCUUUCAGACCAUGGCUUCGGCACUUUUUUUCAUCCUGACGUUCCUGGGUUUUGGCCCGCAGAAGGUCGGCGAUGAACUAGAUGCAGAUACAAAUGAGCCCAUACAGCAGCGUGCGGAGAUGCUGCAGGAGCGCAUGAUGCAGCUCCUGUUGGAAAUUGAGAAGAGGGACCAGGAGCACCACAGGCGCGGUGGCAUGCAAGCCGUGCUCUUAUCUGUGUUGCUGCACUGGCAGUUCUGGUUCAGCAUUGGAGUUCUUGUCCUUUUCUUUUGGUACCUGUGGCGGCAUCUUAGAAGGAUCCGAGAGCCUGACAGCAGCAGUAAGGAGAGCUCCAGCCAUGAGGAGGAGAGCUCCAGUAGCGAAGAUGAGGAGGAGAGCUCCAGUAGCGAAGAAGAGGAGGAAGAGCAAGAAAGACCACGACCAAACCCCAAUGAUGCAGACGAUCUGGCUGAUUAUGUAAGUCAGCGCAUCUACUGGCCACUUCCAAAUCCAAUCAUCAGAUGCUAUCAGGUGGUGGAGGUGGUGGAAGACCUCCUGAAUGUCUACAGCUCGGUCUUUCAAGAGACUUUCUUUCCGGAGCUGCAGUCAGCCAUCGGAGUGGGCAGUGCCUUUGAAGGUUGGAGUCCCCGUGAGAAUGACACUGUCUACCGCCUGCUUAUGCCCAUGACAGCCCCCCGUGGGCACUCCUUCCACCUGGAGCUGGGCAAUGAGGAUGAUAUGCUGGCAAGGAACUCCUCUAUCCGUGUCGAGCUGGAGUGCACGUGCGCGAGGGAGCAGGCCUUUGAGGACAUGCUGUGCUUCCUCCACCAUUCUGAGGAUGAGCUGAAAAAUCAGGAGCCGAGCCUCCUAGACACCCUCUGCACCGACUCCUACCUAGAUGCGGAGAAGACUGCAAGGUGGUUCCAGAACUUCGUGAAAACAGCCUGGGUGGUUAUGCCUCAGUCGCACAUUUACAAUGUAAAAGUGCUACCUUCCAGCCGCUCCUGCAAGUUCCAGAUGACAAAUGCUACCAAGAGAAACCUCACCAUUGAGAUAAUAUUUGGGGUUCAGCAAGGCAAUUCAGACAUCUUCCUGAGCAGCCAGAGGACGGAGGCCAUCUUUACCCGCAGCACAACAUGGCCACAGAGCUGUGCUGUUGCAGAGAGGAAGUUCUUCCAGCACAUAAACGCCGAAGCCUGGUUCUACAGCUUACACCUCAAGUGCAUGCAGAUCUGCGCCCGUAUGCUCGUGGGCACAAGCAUUUCCACUUAUGUCAUCAAGACUGUUGUCAUGCACCUCCUGACCACCAUCCCCUUGGAAACGUGGCACAGGGAGGAUUUUCUGCUGCGGCUGGAUGAUAUCAUUCGGUACCUGCACUGCUGCCUGGAAGAGAAACGCCUCAACCACUUCUUCUUUGGCAACGAGAUGGUGCCCGAUGUGAUUGUCCUGCCACCAGCCUUCCAAUUUUCUGGCCCAGUCAACCUUUUCGAGCACCUGGAGCAGGACACGCAUGCCUACACCCACGUGCUGGAAGAGUUCCAGGAGCUGCGCAAUCGGCUCACAAGACUGAUGAUCUAUGGACGCUGAAAGAGGCCUUCGUGCACAGACAGGGCACUCUGCUGACAGCAGGUGAUCAACUCUUACCACUCUGUGGGGAGCCAGACCUCAUGCAGCUCAAGAGACUGCUUCAUGGACGUUUGACGCAGAGACUGCUGAUACCAACUGGGCAGGCACUGCCCGUCCCCU